AAUCGAUAGUUUCCCAGCUCUACUUCUGUCGACGUCGGCAGAGAAAUUGACGAACAAAUUGAGCCUCUAUAUACAUACAUAUGUAGUUACUCGAUCUGUGCGUAAAACAAAACGUUGAUUUUUAGAACCUUUAUCGUGUGUCUCUUUGACUAAACAAUCAUGACACUUGGCGAGGUUCCGAAAACCAGUGAAAAAUACAGUACUCAAGAAAUGAAUAACGGAACCCAUGUAAACGACAAAAUGAAUGGCAACAUAAAGCAGAACGAUGCUACUAUAUCAUUUCUGCGUGCUGCUCGCAGCGGAGACCUUCAAAAGGUACUUGAUUUUUUAGAAAGUGAGGAAGUUAAGGACAUUAACAGUUGCAAUGCGAAUGGUCUUAAUGCCCUACACUUGGCUGCCAAAGAUGGCUAUGUUGAUAUAUGCUGUGAGUUGUUAAGACGUGGCAUCAAGGUGGAUAAUGCUACGAAAAAAGGCAAUACGGCUUUACAUAUAGCUUCCUUGGCAGGACAGCAAGAUGUUAUACACCAACUUCUCUUGUCCGAUGCUAAUGUAAAUGUUCAGUCUUUAAAUGGCUUUACGCCAUUGUAUAUGGCAGCUCAGGAGAAUCAUGACAAUUGCUGUCGCUUACUUCUCGCCAAUGGUGCUAAUCCUUCACUGGCCACGGAGGAUGGCUUUACUCCGUUGGCAGUUGCCAUGCAGCAGGGUCAUGAUAAAAUCGUGGCUGUUCUCCUCGAAAACGACAUACGCGGCAAGGUUCGACUCCCGGCGAUGCAUAUUGCAGCGAAAAAAAACGAUGUAAAGGCAGCAACACUUUUGCUACAAAAUGAUAACAAUCCUGAUACAGUCUCCAAGUCUGGAUUUACACCAUUGCACAUUGCAGCUCAUUAUGGUAAUGUGGAUAUCGCCACUCUGCUUUUGGAUAACUCUGCCGAUGUUAAUUAUGUGGCAAAACAUCAAAUAUCGCCCUUGCACGUUGCCUGUAAAUGGGGUAAAGUCCAGGUUUGUCAGUUACUACUCUCGAGAGGAGCAAAAAUUGAUGCAGCAACUCGGGAUGGACUAACACCGCUUCAUUGCGCCUCUCGUUCCGGCCACGUUGAGGUCAUUGAGUUACUUUUAAGUCAGAAUGCUCCAAUAUUGACCAAGACCAAGAAUGGCUUAUCUGCUCUUCACAUGUCCGCCCAAGGGGAGCACAAUGAGGCAGCGCGUCUUCUUUUGGACAACAAGGCUCCCGUGGAUGAAGUAACCAUUGAUUAUCUAACAGCUCUCCAUGUGGCUGCUCAUUGUGGUCACGUAAAGGUGGCCAAGCUAUUACUGGAUUAUGGUGCCAAUCCAAAUGCUAGAGCUCUCAAUGGCUUUACGCCCUUGCAUAUAGCGUGCAAAAAGAACAGGAUAAAGAUAGUUGAAUUGCUAAUUAAACAUGGAGCUAAUAUUGGUGCCACCACGGAAUCUGGUUUAACGCCUCUGCAUGUUGCCAGUUUUAUGGGGUGCAUGAACAUAGUAAUAUACUUGAUGCAACAUGAUGCCAAUCCGGAUGUACCAACAUUACGCGGCGAAACAGCUCUGCAUUUGGCGACGCGAGCUAGUCAGACUGACAUCAUACGCAUACUCCUUCGGAACGGCUCUCAAGUAAAUUCCAUUGCCCGCGAGGGACAGACCCCGCUCCAUGUCGCCUCUCGCUUGGGUAAUAUCAAUAUAAUAAUGCUUCUCCUCCAGCAUGGAGCGCAGAUUAAUGCUGAGACCAAAGAUAAGUACACUCCACUCCACAUAGCAGCCAAAGAGGGUCAUGAUGAGGAUUUAAUUCAACUGCUCCUCGAAAAUGGAGCGCAUAUCGAUGCGGUUACCAAAAAAGGCUUUAGUCCUUUGCAUUUGGCAAGCAAAUAUGGCAAGGAGAAGAUCGUAUCAUUAUUGCUAGACAAAGGAGCAAGCAUCGAUUCUCUGGGUAAGAACGAUGUAUCACCUUUGUUGGUGGCCACACACUACAACCAUCAGGCGGUCGUGGAGUUGCUCUUAAAGAAAGGUGCUUCUGCCAAGUUGUGUGCUCGAAAUGGACAAAGUGCCCUACACAUUGCUGCCAAAAAGAAUAAUAUGGAAGUUGCGCAAUUAUUGUUACAAAAUGGAGCAGAUGUUGACUCUAUGAGCAGGAGUGGUUUUUCGCCAUUGCAUUUGGCGUCACAGGAGGGUCACAUUGAUAUGGUUCAACUUCUGCUCGAAUAUAAUGCCAAGAAUAAUGCGGCUAAAAAUGGCCUGGUACCUUUGCAUUUAGCAUCACAGGAGGGUCAUGUACAUGUCGCACGUUUACUCUUGGAUCAUGGCUCUCCGAUUUCACAGCGUACUAAAAAUGGCUAUUCUCCGUUACACAUUGCCGCCCAUUAUGGUCAUCUAAAUUUGGUAAAGUUUUUGCUUGAAAACGAUGCCGAUAUUGAAAUUACAACCAAUACUGGCUUCACACCACUGCAUCAAGCGGCUCAACAGGGCCAUGUUCUGAUUAUUAAUCUCUUGCUGCGUCACAAGGCCAACCCCGAGGCUUUAACAAAUACCGGCAAGACACCUCUACAUAUUGCUAGCAAUUUGGGAUAUGUCACCGCGAUUGAAACUCUAAAAAUUGUCACUAAAACCUCUAUUGUUGAUGUAAAUACUGGUGUCAUUGAGGAAAAAUUCAAAGUAUUAUCACCGGAGAUAAUGCAUGAGACAUUAUUAUCCGAUUCCGAGGACGAUGAUGCCGGCGAUGAUGACUUUUUGGAUCAUAAUCAUUAUAAAUAUAUGGAAACAGAUGACUUGAAAGCUAAUUGUGUAGGGGCGGACCAGCGAAACUUUGAUACCACAAAUCCAGAUCAACAUGAUAACGUCACGUCGGAACAUUUCGAAAAAGAAACAAUACAGCUACAAUUGCAAAACAUUAAAGGUUCGGAAAAUCGAAGAAAAUUGGAUAAUGUGCCUAUCGUUCGACCGCCGAUACAUUUGGGAUUCCUUGUUUCCUUUUUGGUAGACGCCCGCGGUGGUUCAAUGCGCGGCUAUCGCCACAGUGGCGUCCGGAUUAUUGUACCGCCAAAGGCCUGCUCUGAACCAACUCGAAUCACUUGCCGUUACGUCAAACCGCAAAGAAUAGCCAAUCUGCCGCCCCUAAUGGAAGGUGAGGCUCUAGUGAGUCGUAUUUUAGAAAUGACACCUGUUGAGGGAAAAUUUUUAAGCCCCAUAACCCUAGAAGUACCCCACUUUGGCACUCUCCGGGAAAAUGAACGCGAAAUUAUCAUACUCAGAUCAGAUAACGGCGAGAGUUGGCGCGAACACUAUUUGUACGAGAGCGAGGAUGAGAACAAACUGUUUAACGAUACAAUCGACAAGCCGAUAGAAGAUUUGGCCACUAAUCACAUAGUUCGCAUUGUAACACAGAAUGUUCCACACUUCUUUGCCGUCGUUUCGCGAGUCCGCCAGGAAGUGCACGCCAUUGGACCGGAUGGGGGAACUGUUUAUUCCACGGCGGUACCUGAAGUUCAGGCGACAUUUCCGCGUCACGCCUUGACUAAGAAAAUUCGUGUCGGUCUUCAGGCACAGCCAAUUGACCUGGUUGGUUGUUCCAAGCUUUUGGGACAUGGUGUUGCCGUCUCUCCGGUAGUAACAGUGGAGCCACGUCGUCGAAAAUUCCACAAAGCAAUAACAUUGAGUAUUCCAGCGCCGAAGGCAUCUUCCAGCGGAAUGGUAAAUGCUUGUUUUUCCGAUGCAAAUGCUAGCAAUCCUCCCACACUACGACUGUUGUGUUCCAUUACCGGCGGACAAUCGCGUGCAGCUUGGGAAGAUGUCACGGGCUCCACGCCGCUAUCUUUCGUCAAAGACAGAAUUACGUUUACGACGACUGUUUCGGCCAGAUUUUGGUUAAUGGAUUGUCGGAAUAUUAGCGAUGCUAGUCGAAUGGCCACUGAGCUCUACACUCACCUGGCCAAGGUUCCAUUCAUCGUCAAGUUUGUUGUAUUUGCCAAACGAAUUUCUCAAACGGAAGCCAAAUUCUCGGUGUUUUGUAUGACGGAUGAUAAGGAGGAAAAGACACUGGAACAGCAGGAAUACUUUACAGAGAUUGCUAAGAGUCGUAAUAUUGAAGUAUUGCAAGAUCAAAUAAUUUAUCUGGAGUUUAAUGGUAACUUUGUUCCCGUUUUAAAAACGGACGAACAACUAAGUAUCAAAUUCGAGGCUUUUUGCGAGAAUCGUUUAUCGUUUAUCGCUCACGUCAAAGAUCCAGAAAUGCCACAGGGACGCAUCAACUUCAUGAGCGAGCCAAAGGCCAAGCCCGAUGAAGCCCCGCUCAAUCCAAUUUGUUCUCUCAGUGUGGCUCUGGAUAUGGAAUCUUUAACGAAAAUAAUGUCACUGGAAAAGCCAGAGAAUCAGCAAAAUAAUUUUAAUAAUUCGGGAAUCAGAACAACUAAUGACACCGAAAUAACAACUAAAAACGAAAUUCUCAUCGAAAAUAAUAUAGAAUGCGGCAAGGUUAAAGAAAUUACCGAAAAUUCUACAGUCGAUAUCCGCCUUAUCGAUAUAUGCCGAUAUAUAGGCGAGGAUUGGCCGCAAUUAGCGAUGGAAUUGGAUGUACCUGAAGCCGAUAUCGAGCUUGUCAAAGCGGAGUACUCUGGUGAGGAUUUUGCACGGCAAGGAAUUAUCAUGUUACAGAUUUGGUUGGAGCGACGCGGAGGUAGCGCCGCUGAAGGAAAUGUCCUAGCGGAAGCUCUAUACAAAAUCCAUCGAGCCGAUAUAGUACAAAAGUGUAUUAAUAAAUCGCCGCAAGAUAAUUCCAACACACCGGAGGAAUAGCAAAAGAAAACUGGAAAUUCUUCACUAGAAGCAGUCGGAGAAGCUAAGAAGCAGUUGACAGGUAUUGAUACAAUUAUACCGCAGGAUGUAAUAAUGCAGACCGGUAAUGACUUGGGUAUAUAGCAUAAUUAUAUCCAUUUAUAUAUAUAUAUAUAUAUAUAUAUAUAUAUAU